UCAGUUCUCAGUGACAUUUUAAUGAAUAAACAUUCAAACAUUUUGUCAGUUCAUUAUCAAUUUAAAAUUAUAGGAAUUUUCAUGUCGUUAAAAAUAAGUUGAAUAAAGUGCAAAAAUGGAUUUAAGUCAUUACUUUCCGGCAAGAUUAAAAAGGUUUUUGGCCAUUCAAGAUGAAAAUUUUAGGAUGAGAAAUGAAGACAUUGAGAUGGUCGUUGUACCUAAACCUAAUAAUGAUGAUCAUUUUGAAUCUGAAUUGACAAUUGCUGACAAUUUUGAAUUUAUUGAAAGUUUAAUAACCUUUUUUGAUAAUUCUGAUGUGACAAACUUGCUAAAUGAUGCCAAUAAAAUACUAUUGUUCAAGCUUCAAGUCGAAGAUAUUUCGAAGAAACCGACCGCAACAGAUCUUGAAGAAUUGGGACGAAAGUGUGCAAAUAAUUCAGUUGUCAUUUAUUUAACUACAAAGAAUGAUUACAAAUUUUAUCUUUAUUGGAAAAAUAAAGAAAUUCAACAUUUUUUGGCACUGAAAGUUUAUGAAGAAUUAUAUUUAAUGAACGACACCAAACUUUUUGAUUUCCUUACAAGUUUUUUGAUGAAUUCAUUAAAGCGAGGACAUUUAGGUCUUCACAAUGCUGUUCCGAUCCAUCCUGACUCGAACACAUUUGAACUAUAUCUUUGGGCUGAUCAUCGAAACUACAACUUAUUAUUAAUUGCUGCUGAACUUGGAGAUUCUUAUAUAGUCAAUUUUAUGCUGAACGGUGGAUUUAAUACAGAAUUUCACGGAACAAAUGCACAAACUUUGGCAUGGAAUGGACAACAUUUUGACAUUUUGUUAAAACUACUUGAGUCUAAUUUGACUUAUCCGUAUAUGAUAAAAAUCGACGAAUGUCCUGAUGACAUCAGAAAAUUCAACAAAAUUAGUCAAGAUUUAAAUGAUGCAAUGAUAGCAAGAAAUUCUGAAGACGUGAUUAAAAUACUUUCCGAAAAUAAAGGAAUGACUCAUUUUUACAACUUAGAAAAUGAAUCGGCUCCAUCAUUUGCAUUGAAAAAUAAGCUGUUUGAUAUGUAUGCACUUUUAAUAGCUAGAGAUGUAAGAUUUGGACCACAUGAAAAGUUUAGUGACAUAAAAGAUAAAUUAACUGAAAAUGAACGAGAAAAACUUAAAGAAAUUCAUUACAAUGAGUCAAAAUUUCCUCCUGAUAAUCAUAUGCAUGUGCUAUUGUCAAAUUCUCGUCUAGGACGUGGAUCAUCUGAUCAAGAAAAAAAAUUUAAAAUCAUACAAAAAGCCUUUGAAGUUUUAAAUGAAAAUCCUUUUGUUCAAAUCAUUCUAAUGAUUGUUGCUGCCACGAGAAACUUUCGAAUAGUUUUUGACUUUAGUCGUGAUUCCGUGGAACUUAUUGAUCCAACAGCAAACUCUUCUUUUAAAGGAUCAUAUUAUAUAUCAGGAAGAAUCUAUAUUGGUGCUAAAAAUCUAUUAAAUGAUAAUACGAAAUAUGAAGCUUUAGGGACAUUGGCUCAUGAAUUAUGUCACAAUGCAAUGAAUUUGGUGUUUAAGAAUUUUGCUAAUCCUUAUUCACGAAACGAUGUAGAGACUGUGAAAAAAUUUGAAGAAAUUUCAAAGUUUUGUGAAAAAAAAUCAGACAAGGAAGAAAUCAUUAAACUGGCAUUUUGCAAAUUUUAUUCAGAUUUAGAACGCCAUGCAGAGCUGAUAGUUCGAGUUCCACAUUUGAUUAUACAUUAUUUUAACAACAAAGCAAAAUUUGAAGAAGUUCGUAAAAUAUUUGAAGAUCUUUUCGUUUUUUAUUACGAAACUACAAUAACUCAGCAAAUGAAGAAAGCCCUUCCAGAAAUUGAAGCACAUGCAGAAGCUGAAGCACAGAAAAAUAAGAAAAAGAUAAGAAAUUUAAAAAUAUUUUUAAUAGUCGGAGGUUUCCUGUCAAUUAUAACAAUUGUUAUGGUGAUUCUGAUCUUAUACUUUGCUCUUUCUCCGACAUUUUAUAGUUUCUCAAGUUUAUCAGAUGAUCAAAAAUCGGAUGUUGAAAAUGCAUUAAUUUUGUAUAAAAAUGAAGAAAUUAGAUUCAUUGAUUUAUUUCCAAAAACUUCAGAAGCUUAUAACAAAUUAACUUCUGAUGAUAUUUCAAAAAUGCUUGACAAUGAACGAUUAAACCUCAGUGAUCCUUUGUUUUAUCAUUUAGAAACAAUUGUCACACAUGAUUGGCGGAAUCUAACAAAGAAAUUGCAUGAUAAAUUUUUGAAUUCAAGCUUUUCAUUUCAAAAUGAAACUAUUAAGUUUAUCGAGUUAUUUAAUAUUAAUUCUGAGUCUUUUAAAUCAUUAACUUCAACUCAAAUUAUUAAUGUUUUCAAAGGUGAAAUUUUAAAAGUUCAUAAAAUGAUAAAACCAGAAGCAAAAUUUUAUAUUGAAAGAAGUUUUGUGAAUGAUCAUAUUUUUGAGAUUUAUUAUGAUUUUAUGCUGCAUGUGCAUGGCGAUAGUAAAUUAUCAAAUCCUUGUAUAUGUUACAAUACAACUGGAUAUAACACGACAUUUGACACUUUUUAUCAACAAUUUAUUUCUAAAAAUAUUCAUGACCAAAUGAGCAAAAUUAAGGAAAUUAAUCGUGAUGAUAAUUUUAAAAGAUGUUCAACAUCUGAUUUUAGAGUUAAUACCUUAAUUCCUCUUCCUAAUUUUGAUCAAUAUUCUGUAAAAGCUGGAUACUAUGACAUUUCUGAUUCUCUUGAUUUACAUAAAUCAUAUCAAUUAGAUUUUAAUUCUGUCCUUAAAGAUGCACAAAAAUUAAAAUUUUUCAUUCUCUCAUCGGAUGCAGGAACUGGAAAAACAGCAACAUUUGAGCAAUUUUCUAUUAGAACUAAGAAGACAUUUCCAUCAAAUUGGGUUUCUUAUAUUAACUUAAAAGAUCAUAAGGAACUAUUUGGGUAUGUAAAAGAUUUUGAUGAUUUGUUAGCAAUGCUUGAAAAUAUUUUCGGAUUAAAUUCUGAAAAUGAAUUUGAACAGAAAGUUUUUAAGGAUCUUUUCAAGUCGGGAAAUGUCAUUUUAUUUUGGAAUGGAUUUGAUGAAAUUUCACCAGAUUUUAGUGAAUCUGUUUUAAAUGUUUUAAAUCUUAUUAAAGAAAAUACAAAAAAUAUUCAAUUUUUAUGCACAAGACCUUUGUACUCAGAAAUGUUAAAACUUAAAUUUAUCACAACUUCAUAUGCCUUAAUUCCAUUCGAUAGAGACACGGAAACUAAGUUUUUGGUUGAAUUUUUCAAUACUCAAAAUAUUACAAACAGUCGUGUUUAUAUAGAAAAAGUUUACAAUAUAACUGCAAAGACUGAGUCACAAGAUGAUUUUAAAACACCUUUACUCCUAGGAAUGAUAGCUUAUAUCCCACGUAACCAUAAGUCGACGAAUGGAAGAUUUUAUGUAUUACAUCAAAAUCUUCCAUUACAAAAGUAUGACAUUUGGAAAGAUAAAAGUGUCAUUGUUGCUAAUUUAUUUGCAAGUGGAUAUGACAUAAAUUUACUUUAUCAAAAAUACGCAAUGAAAGAUAGUUCGCAAAUAUUUUUAUCAUGUUUCUCAUGUCAAGUGAAUUUAAAAGUAAUGCGUCGUUUAAAACCGGCUGAACUUACAAACGAUGAAAUCUCACAAAUGGCAAUAUUGUAUAUUAAUGGUCCAAGACAUUUUAAAUUUGUUCAUCGAACAUUUACUGAAUUCUUUAUUGCGCAAUAUUUGAUUCGUAAUCUUUAUAAUGCUUAUGAUGAGCCAUCAUUAGAGGAAGCUGAAUUAAGAAUUCGAAUGUUUUAUUAUUCAUUUUAUUCUCCUGGUGUUGUUAAGUUUAUUGAUUCAUAUCUUCAAGCUGAAAAUAAAUCUCUUACUAUAAACUUUGAUCGAAAUAUUUUGAAGCUUUUUGAAACGAAAUUUCGAAAUUUUUUUAUUAAUGGCUUUUUGCAAGCUCGUGAAUACUUUUCAUUUCCAAUCCUUUUUGAAUUCUUUAAUAAAAAUGAUACAAUUUUAAACUAUCUUCUUCAAAUUGAUGAGAAUGAAACAUUUUAUACAAAGAUUUAUAAUUAUGCUUAUUUUUCAUGGUAUUCAAUUUAUGAUAAUAUUGAAACUUCCAUAAAUCAUUUAGCAUCAAAGAAUUUAAAGAGAGAAAAAUAUAAUAAAUUCAUUAAUGGUCAACAUCAAAAAGGAAUCACAUUAUUUAGUUUAUAUUGUUUGCAUAAACAAGGUAAAAAUGUGAAUUUACAUAAAGAUUUUAAAUCAAAUGAAAUUAUUUUCGAAAGUAAUGAUCCUUUUUUCGUGUAUAAUUCAGUUUUAGAAAACUUGACUGAUGUCGAAUCAAAAAGUUUUAUUCCAUCGAAAACAAUUUUAAAUUACAUCUCCUUGAAUCCAGAAACUUAUAUUUUUGACGAAAUUCUGUGGAUUGCAAUUGAAACUGAAUUAACAAAAGAGGAAUUAAAAUCUUGGAUUUUUGAUAAUAUUGACUAUAUAUCAAUAAUAACACAAAAAUAUCUUUUCAACUUUUUUGCAAAGAAAAUUGACAAAAUAUUUUCAAAUUCAGAAAUUCAUGAAAUGUUUUUGAAUAAAAAGCUUUUACACAUUGCAGCAUCUUAUGAUCCAGAUACAUUCCUAGAAUUGUGGUAUUUUUAUUGCAACCACACUACACCAGAUGAACAGAAACUAAUUUUAACUCAGAAAUCUGAACUUGAAUGUUUAAUUGAACCGCCGUCUUUCGUUCCAAACACAGAUUGCUACUUAAUUCCACCACAUAAUGUCCUUCAGUUUUCAUUGUUUACUUAUAGGCAAAAUUUUGAUUGGAAUUUUGAAACUUUUACUAAAGUCACAAAUGUAUAUAAAAAUGUUUUUAAUAAUACUUUAGAAAUUCAAAAAAUAAUUUCAAAUUCAAACGAUUUUUUGCUUACAUUUAUAAUUUAUCAAGAUUAUGAAUUUUGUGAAAAAUUUGCAGAAUUCUUAAAAGAACUUUUUGUUGAAAACGAAACAGAUUUAAAUGAAUUUUUGUGUAAUAAUAUUGCAUAUAAAAAUUUAGAAACAUUCAAGUUUUUGGCUAGCUUUUAUACCGAAGACAAAAAAACUGGUUUGUUUUUCAAAUUGUUUGAUGAAAAAAAUUGUAAAAAAGAGAAUUUCUAA